GAAUAUGGUUUGUCAUUUUGAUUCUAUAAAUAUCUAAAUAAAAUUUUUGUUAAUAGGCAACACAAUUUGUACAAAAUCCACAAGUUCAAGGAUUAAUGACUAAUUUGGUAACAAAUUUAACUGGACAAGAAGGUGGUCAAGUCGGUUUAGAUACUCUAUUACAAGCAGGUCAACGUAUGGCAAAUGAAUUAUCAACUAAUAAUCCUAAUUUAGUUGAAUCUCUUCGACGUAAUAUGAGUAAUCAAUCUCAGCCGAAUACAAAUAAUAAUUCAACAUCAAAUUCUAAUAAUGAACCAGAUCAAAACCGACCAUCAUCAUCUUAA